UGGACAACCUAUGCAACAAAAUCUGCUGCACAGCCGAGACACCGUCCGACCUCUUAGCGGUCACAAACACAGAGCCAACGGCUGACACGACCCGGCGAGGUACGACUGCAGGGCUUAACAUUGCAGCCAGGACCAAACGACAACGUCUCAGAGACAUUUAUGAAGCUUUCAAGGCCUUUUGAUUAAUCAGCCAAUCGAUGGGGAUUUUCAGAGGAGCUCCGCCAGCCAUUGCCACCUGCCCCUCUUCUCCUCCUCCCUCCCCUUGCGACCUGUUGCUCGCCCCCUCCCACACUCUCAUCCAGCCCUCCAUUCAGCCCUCCAUACACAAAAUGACUCUGGAACUCACUGAAUGGUCUUCUAUAUGGAUUUUUACUACUUGUAAUAGACAGUAAAGAGGGAGAGACGGAAAAAAAAAGAAACCUCAAUGACAAAAAAGCCAUAAACACACCACACACACAUACAUGUACAUGCAAACACUCCCACACACACUCCCACACAAACAUUGUCAUACCAACAAACCAAAUAAGAUCGAACGAGUUUUCUAGGCAGUAUCUGACAGGCAUAACAAACACAAAGAAACAAAUGCACAAAGUCGCUCUUGGAAUGUACCACUCACUCUUCCUGUGAAAUUCUGCUGCUUCCUUAACUUUUCAAGAUUUUCUACAAGCCUCGGAAAAGCUGAUUUUACUUUCUUUUUUUUUUUUUCUCUCCCCCAAUUGUUGGUGGGAAAACAAGGAGGAUUAGAUUUGAAGUGGCAGUGUUUUGGAGAACAGCUUCCUCGGAGGACAACUGAUUUCUUUUUUGUCACCUGGAAGGCAAAAGACCUAGAAAUUCAGAUCUGUGCUAGAUUUCUUGAAAACUUUAUUUUUUGCAUUGAUUUUUUUAGUAUUAGCACUAAGAAUUACUUUGAUUACCUCACAUGCUGAGGCAGUUUUUCUGUUUUUAUUCUAGUUAUUAACACUCCAUAAAUUCUUGAACACUUUAGUAAUAGAUUUUUUUUUAAUGACAUUACUGCAAGGAAGUUGAAAGUAGCUACAAGUAACUUCACAUAAGCAGUUUGCAGUAGCAGGGAAGCCAUAGGACAGUUUAAUUUCUGGUAGCUAUACAUAGUAGUUUUUUUUUCCUCCAUUAGAAGGGGUGAACUUUUUUUUUUUUUAAUAAUUUUUUUAUUGUUGUUGUUGCGUGCAUGCCCUCCACCAUGCCUCCCCAGAAUACAGAGGCUGACACUAUGCAGGUUGGUUCUCUUGUUGGUGGCGUCAAGGCAAAAAAAUCCAUCGCAUCAGGCAUGGAGGAGGAUAAAGGUGGAGCGGGCGGCGAGACGGAUGGAUUGGGAAGCGGAGGAGGGGGAGGAAGAGGUCAAGGAGGGGAGGAGUCAGUAAGCGAAGGAUCCAUCGAAGGGAUCCCUUUGAGGAAAUGGGUGAUGCACGGUGCAGUGAUGUUUGGCCGAGAAUUCUGCUACGCCAUGGAGACGGCGCUCGUGACACCCGUGCUGCUGCAGAUAGGUCUUCCAGAGCAGUACUACAGUCUCACCUGGUUCCUCAGUCCAGUUCUUGGCCUCAUGUUCACCCCUCUGAUCGGCUCAGCCAGCGACAACUGCACUCUGCGGUGGGGCAGGAGGAGACCCUUCAUCCUGGCUCUCUGUAUUGGAACGCUGAUCGGAGUGGCGCUGUUUCUGAAUGGAUCAUUGAUAGGUCUGUCACUAGGUGAUGAGCAGGGGAGACAACCAAUAGGAAUUGUUCUUACUGUGCUGGGUGUUGUGGUGUUGGAUUUCUGUGCAGACGCCACAGAAGGACCAAUCAGAGCCUACUUGCUAGACGUAGCAGACACAGAGGAGCAAGACAUGGCGCUUAAUAUCCAUGCUGCCUCAGCAGGUCUUGGUGGUGCAGUUGGCUAUGCUCUUGGAGGUUUGGACUGGACGCACACCUUCCUUGGUGCAAUCUUCAAGUCCCAGGAGCAGAUCUUGUUCUUCUUUGCUGCAGUUCUCUUCUCUGUCUCUGUGGCGCUCCAUCUCUUUAGUAUUGAGGAGCAGCAGUAUUCACCACAACAUGAUAGACUCGACCAGGAGAGUCCUGACCCAGCCCACCUGCAAUCAUCAGCUAAUGGCAGGGCUGGGCUUCUUGCCCCAAAACUGGAAAUGAUUGGAGAAAAUGAUACAAUAGAGAGCUACGACCUUUAUGAUCCCUAUGGAGACGACCAGUCAGAACGUGGAGAUAUGGACAUUGAUUUUCUGGAAGUGGAGCUUGUGAGAAGUAAAAGUGACAGCGUUCUUGCCAUGGCCGAUGCCACUCUCGACCACCUGGACCAUGAUGCUUUGUUCUUGGGCCACUUAGAGCCGUCCAUCUUUGCCGAUCGCCUCUCCCCUUAUCACGGCUCGCCCCCCAGGACUUCUUCCUUUUUCAAUCCCAACCACAGCAGUUCCCGUCCUCGGCUCGCCAACAUCCGGCGCAGCAGCAGCACAGGAAGCGAGGACCUGCUCCGUCCCCACCACACCAAUCAUCAAACACACCCCCCUGCUCCCAGAAUAUCCCGCCUCUCAGCUUUCUUACAAGAAAUGGAAAAUGAUGACGGGCAAGAAGCGCUGCUAAACAACCAGCUUAAUGAGCAGCGGACUCUGAAUGGUCGGCUUUUGGCCAGUGUAACUAAUCCUGACGGAGAUGACAGCAGGCUGAGCUGUAAAGGACAGGCACACCGCGCUGGGAUGGUUAAAGCUGCCAGUACGGGAGCUCCCAUGCGGCACCCACACCACCGUCACACCUUCUACCGCCAGCCGUCCUGCACUUUCUCCUACUAUGGGCGGGUGGGAAGCCACCGUUACCGCUAUCGCCGAGCCAAUGCUGCUUUUCUCAUCAAGCCGUCUCGCAGCAUGAACGACCUGUAUGAGGUGGAGGCCCGACACCGAAGGCGAAACAGAAAGAGGAACAGAAACCGCAGCGGAAACACUAACUCCUCCAGCGGGGAUACAGAGAGCGAGGAGGGAGAGGUUGAGACCACUGUUCGGCUGUUGUGGCUCUCCAUGCUGAAGAUGCCUCCAGAGCUGCUGCGGUUGUGUGCCUGCCACCUCCUCACUUGGUUCUCCAUCAUUGCUGAAGCUGUCUUCUUCACCGACUUCAUGGGACAAGUCAUCUACCAGGGAGAUCCCACUGCUCCCGCUAACUCAACAUCAUUGGAUAAUUACCACAGAGGAGUUCAGAUGGGGUGUUGGGGGCUGGUUAUUUAUGCCAUGACUGCUGCUACAUGCUCAGCUGUUCUUCAGAAGUAUCUUGACAACUUUGACCUGAGCAUUAAGGUUAUUUAUAUCCUGGGAACACUUGGAUUCUCUAUAGGAACUGCUAUAAUGGCAAUCUUUCCUAAUGUUUAUGUUGCCAUGGUGAUGAUCAGCAGCAUGGGCAUCAUCUCCAUGAGUAUUUCCUACUGUCCCUAUGCUUUGCUGGGACAAUAUCACGAAAUGAAAGAGUACAUCCAACACAGUCCUGGUAAUUCCCGCAGAGGCUUUGGCAUCGACUGUGCCAUCCUAUCCUGCCAGGUGUACAUCAGUCAGAUAUUGGUGGCCUCAGCUUUGGGCGCUGUAGUGGAAGCAGUUGGCAGCGUUCGUGUCAUUCCCAUGGUGGCCUCUGGGGGCUCCCUCCUUGGAUUCUUCACCGCCUGCUUCCUGGUCAUUUACCCAACUCCAAACAACGGGGAGGGGGACUCGGCCAAAACUUCAGAGAAACGGGCCUUGACCACGCUGGAAAAUCCCAACAGUAGUGAAGAUCCUGUUACCGUGGUGACAGAGAAACCUAGCUUCCUCAAGCUCACCAAGGAGGGCAAAGCCACCACCACCACCUCAUCCUGCCAUAUGGAAAACGAGUCUGCUCUGUGAUUGGCUGACUGAGUUGCUGCAAAAACAAAUAAAUAGACUUUUAGAGUUGUUGCUGUUGGACAGGACUUAUGGACAUGCCUCCAUCAGGGUGAUCCGCUCUGGCUUUGAUCCAAACCACUGAAUCUGCUGUGCGACCAGAGCCCCAACUUAUCAAACUUAAAACAUGCUGGUUCAAGUAAAUUCCCUUCACUCGGCCCUCACGGACAUUUUCAUGAUCCAACAGUAAUUAUUUUGUUGUGGUUUUAAGGAAAGGUUCUGUCUGUCUCUCAGGGCCUUUAAGAGGUGCUACUGCGCAGCCGCCUGGGUAGGAAACUUCAGGGGACUUCAAUACAAACCCUUGCACGCACACACCUCCUCAUCCGAGGUCAACUUAAUCAAAUGAACACCUGAAUAAUGAAGACUGCUGAUGAACAUUAGUCCUUGAAGCUGCAAUCAUUUAAAAAAAAUGCUGAAAAUCGUUCUUCCUCACCCUGGAGUCGGCUCGAUCGAAUCUUUGCUUUGUGAUGCUGAAGUUGAUUGAUGUGGACGUGCUUUUCUGCUGACUUGGUGUCUCAAGCGGAGGCAUCAUGUGCACCAAAAUAACCGCGACGACUCGCUCGGCUUUGUGGGACUUUUACAGCACUCUGUGUCAGUAGCUUUAAGACUCUAAAGACAUUUGGAAGUGGCAUUUUGGAAACUCUGAUCUUGAGUACCCCAAAUUGAUUGGAAGUGUUUUGUUUGGGUCCUCUUUCACAUAGCAGGAGUGCUAAAAUCUUUAUUUAACCCUUAUUGCAUGACAAAUAUGAUAAUAUAUCAUAUAUGAUCUACUCAGAAAUAUUGAGCAUGAGCAUAAAGCUGUAAAUCCUCACAAGAAAAAUGCAAUGUAUGCAGUGAACAGGGCAUUACAAUCCCAAAUAUUGUUUUACUGGUGACACGCAAGGAUUUUUCUGUUUUGACUAAUCUCAACUAACCUAGAUGCUGCAUGUUAGAUGAGCAGAGAAGAGAUAAACCAAACUUUUUUGCAUAAGAAAAUGCUGUGAGAACAAUGUCAGUAACUGCAUAUUAGCUGAGCCACUGUUGUAAAGUAUGUUAUGCAUUUCUGUGAAAAAGUAUUUAGUUGAAAUUCACUCUUGAGACUUUUUUUCAAUUUGGGUUCCGAUUUGUUAAUUUGGGGGUAAAUCAGCAGGACGUUGCUUCCUGACUCUUUGUUCCAGCAACUCUCCACAGUGCUGAGAUUUAGUUGUUUGUAACAGUAGUUUUAAGCUUGUUCCUCAAGGUUAAUCAGAGUAUUCUGGUCCUGUCCUGUCGUUCCAAUCUAAUGGGCUAAUUAUAAUCAGUAAAAAGAAGCAGAGUGGAAUGUCGUACAGCUGGUGCUGAUUAGUUCUGUAUGUGGCACUGCGUGGAUAUGCAUUGGAGAAUGGAGGGUGUUAUAAGCUGAGGACUGAAAAUAUAUUUACAUUUUAUGAAAUGCCCUCAUUGUUGCUGAUAAUUAAAUGCUAAGAUUGGUGCCUCUGUGCAAAGAAAUACAGAUGUCAAAUUAUAUAUUUGAAAUAGUUUGUUGCAAAGUUUUAACUUCCGUUCUCAGCUCAGCAGCUGUGUUUCAGCUCUGGCAAAGUGGUGGUUUUCAGAUCUUGCCUUUCUUUUUUGGGGGUGUAUGGACAUACGCUAGCUUAGUUGCAUUUGGACUGACUAUGAACCAUGUAUGGUGACCUGGUUUUGAGUUUGAGAUGGGACCUGGUUCAAUUUCUGCACUUGGACUUGAAUCAGCGUGAUUGGUCUGACUUUGGAGCACCAUUCAAACUGUAACUAGGACAAACUAUUUCCCCUGCCCUGCUGGAUUUUGGGCUCUUAUGAGUCCACACCUUUCUACUAAACCUACUUCAGGGUUGUUUCUGUCAAAAUUAGAUGAAUAUUUUGCAUUUUUUUAAAGAGGCCCUGUGGGCCCAGACAGUUGAUUUUUGAGUAAAGUGAAGCAGCCAGAUUUGAAAGCUGCUAUGUAAAAAUGUGAUGUUUGCUGAUGACAAGGAAACGUGAUGGAGAUGAGGAAGUGAAACUGCUGAGUUUAGCUUUAAUUUAACCUUUAUUAACAUCCAAAAACAGUGGUAAUAGUAUGUAACACCAGGGCAUACCUACAGAUUGUAUAAACCUAUUAAUACUUACUGACAUUAAAUGAACAUAUAGUCAUUAAUCUUUUGAAUGUUUUCUUAGCUGACGUCACUUAAAAACAAACUUGAAAAGCAAACUGAAAGAGUUAUAACUGUGUGUUGUGCUGUUUGUUUUCUGACAAAUCAAACGUUUGUUGCAAUAAUUGCUCCUUUUAAUCAGCUGCAAAGGGGACUGUAUAAAGAUUUUUGCUGGCAAAGCAGAGUUGUUUGAGGUUUUCUCGAAGGCAUUUCCAGUGUGGGUUUUCUUUUCCUCUCCCUGCAUCUGUUAGGGUGAGAGGCUGCAGAUUUGGGUGAGUUAUAUUUAGCUCAAUCAGCUGAAACAAGCAACUUGAAAGGAGAAAUGUAAGCUUCGGUGGGCUGAAUAACGGUUGAAAGAACAUUUUACGAGUGUGUAAAGCAAUUUGUUUUCAGAUUUUGCAAGAAUUGACUGAUUAUGAUGCUGUUGGGAGUUUUUAUUUAUUUUAUUCCUUUUACAGUUGAAUGGAGUUUUGGUGCAGGUUUGAUUUUAGAUUCCAUGUUUUCAGGUACAUUCAGUAAGAUCCAGCGAGCAUUUUGCUUCCUGCUCUGGGUGUAGUACAGGAAUGGGGUGAUGAUGGAAGACAAUGUGAUUUAGGUCUUAGAGUUUUUAAAGGCCUCCGUAACCACAAUGGUGAUAAGUUGUCUGGAUUUUUUUUUCUUCUUAAAUGGAUAAGAAGCUUAAGUUACAGGACAACCAUAAAGAUGAAAAAAAUAAGAUAAAACUUUGGGUUUGGGAAGGUUGCAUGCACCAACAGUGAUGUGCAUGUAUAGAACACCAAAGUGAGUUUCUGUACUAAUCACUCGAGUCCUUUUCUAUGUUGUCCCAACAGGUCAGGGUUGUAUUUUCUAAUGCAUGACUGGAAGUUUGUGUGUUUUUUGUUUGACUAAAAAUAUGUGUAACAUGUACUCUUAAAGCUUGGAGCAUUGUGCUUGAUCUGGGUCAGUACACUCCAAACUAGCAUGUGUGUUCUAUACAUUUUUUGCACAAAAAUCAGAUAGCAUUCAUCACCCUGCUUUUCAGCACAGCAUAUAAGUGGACGGAGGUUGAAAUCUGUUAAAAUCAAAGAUUUUAUGUAGACGAGAACCUCCAGGCUACAAAUACUUGAAUUGCAACAUGAGUGUUUCUGUUCCAAUACAGCAAGAAAAGUCUUUGGUUUGCGAGGAGGGUUUUUGCUGUUAAAUGUCCCAAGCCUUUUUAAUCUGAAUGUCCAUAGUGGCUACUCGCUCGGCCUGCUGGGAGAUUGAGUUCUUAAUCUUUGAUUCCAUCUCGUGAUUUAAGUUUUUGUUUUUAGGUCAAUGAAUGUGAGUUGAUUUCAGCUGAAAUCAAUCUUGCUUUGAUGUCCGACAAGCUAGGGUGGGGGUCCUGAUAUUUGCACAGAACUUUGCACAUCAUAAGUUAAAAAAAAAAAAAAAGAAGAAAAAAAAACAAACUGUAGAAAUAUGUUGCAAAAGGAAGAAAAAAGCAACUGUGGAUAUUUAUUUAAUUUUUUUUUUUUAGCAUCUAUGUCUGUAAAAGACAGUUUUCAUUUAGUUUCCAAAAAGUUGAAGUAAAGUUAUUUUAUUUGCUGUUACAGCAGAAUUUACAGAAGUGAACUGGACUCGGAGUGUGUGUAUGCGUGUGUGAGUGAAUAGUUGUUCACAUGUAAAGCAAAACACAAGUGUGUUACAAAUGUCAUCUCAGUGUUUUUUUUUUUUUUUUUUUUUCUUUGGUUCUUGUUCUCUGUUCUUUGCAAUCACCUGGUUUACAUUCUGGAAACGUUGGUUGCAAGACCGAAAUUCUUUUUCUGUUCUGGUGUAGAAAAUGUCUCUCUUUUUUUUUUUUUUUGUACUUAGGGUUAGGGCCGAGCCAUGCACAAGAGUUCAACCUUUGCACUUUUUCAGUGGUGGCCAUGUUGGCUCCACCGUUCGGAUUACUGAAUGAAUGUGGAGACGCGGUGAUGCCGUUUUCGUACACCCAGCCAGCCGCCGUCGGUGGCUGCAGCAUGGCGGCCGUGAAGUUAGUCCAACCUGUCUAAGCUCAGUGUGUGUGGCUUUGCCUUUAGUGCUCUGUGUGGUUUAAAGGUGGAGGAGAGAGAUGCCUAUAUACUCUAAUUUUAGAGAUUAAAUCAACAAGAAUAUUCAAAGAAUGGGAAAGCAAAUAUUCACAGUGUACCAUACAUAAAAUGCCUUGUCAUAAAGUUUUAAAAAAGAUGUAAAUAUAUAUAUAUAUAUUUCUCCUUUAGUUUUUUUUUUGUUUUUUUUUUUUUUUUGCUGCUAUAAAAAAGAUGAUUAUUUUUGUUAGUAGUUUUGUUUUCUAUAU